CUGUGCUUCCAUAGUCCCCACAUCUAAACCGACGGUUCGUGCCCAUAAUAAAUCUGUAAUUUCAUUCAGAGGAGGCUACUACACAGGUGGUGACAGGCUUCUAGGCAGUAAAUCAUCCAAUCAGGUACUAUGAUAGUGAUACCAGUUCCAGUUAUGGAUCCCAUUUUCAUAGAACUGUUCGUGCCCCGGGGACAAUCAAAUUUCUCUUGAACGGGUUCUGGUCGGAGGUUUCAAGGAAGCUCUGUAUGGUGGGAUCAGCUUCUUGGCAAUCUGAAAAAGGUAAAUUUCUCAAUCUUGACGGUGUUCUUAAACUCAAGUUUGCUGAUGAGAAGUCAAAUAUGUCUACUAGUUUGGUCAGUGGUACUUUGGAGUCCAUAAAUCCUCAGAAUGACUUGGGAUAUUUUGAACCAAUUUCGAUAUAUGAGUUCCCUUAUCUGAUUGAUUAUACUUACUCAUUGGUUUCGGAAAAAGUUAAUGGAGGGUGUCAUGAUGAUAUUGGUGUCCCGAAAAACCAGUCUGUAAGCCUGGAGUCGAGGGAUUUUUGCUCUAUUUUCGACAGAGGAAUCAACUCUCUUGAAUUGGAGUAUCCUACUGAGUGCAAAUCAUCCCAAAAUUGUACCCAUUUAGUGGGGAGUAUAGGAUUCUUGCCUAAGUUUAUGCACCUGCAUGCGAUUCAGUGUUCGGGAGUUGAAGAAAAACUAAGAUACAUGUUAAAAUUUGGAAAUAGUAGUUACACUGAAUUUUAUGGGCGGUUUGAUCCAAAUUCAACUUUGAUUGGGGAGGGAUCUUGGGAUGCAAAGAAUAAUAGGCUCUGUAUUGUUGCUUGCCGAAUCUUGAAUCGGGCUAAUACUUGGGGAAGCAAAGUGGGGGAUUGUACAACGAGGUUGAGCUUGAGGUACCCUUCAACUUUGACGAUCAGAAACAAAUCGAACAUAGUUGGGCAAAUUUGGACCAACAAAACUGUCAAUGAUUCUGGGUACUUCAGAAAGAUCAUGUUCAGAAGUUGGGAAAACGACGUAGCGGCAAUCCCAGGAUUGAAAUACGAGUACACUGAACUCGAUCGGGUAAAAGAGUCAUGCCCGGUAAAAGGGGCUGUCAAAAUGGGGGGAGUGCAAUACCCAGAUGGGCAUUCUUAUGAUAUGAGGUUUGAUAUGUCUGUAAAACAUUCUAAAAAGGAAUUUGCUUGGGGUAAUGCCAUACCCCUCUUUGUUGGGAAUGAAAUCUAUGAACAAUCAAGUAUGAUUGUAGACCUUUCAGACUCUGAUGCCGGGUUUGAAACGACUGCUGAAGCUGACAAGAAAACUAAUGGCCCUUUGAAUAUCAGCUACAAGUUGAGUAUCAACCCUUUGUCGCUAGUAAAACUGGGCAGUUGGUUUUCGCCUCUCAAUUUAUCGAUGAAUCCCCGAGGUCAAGUCGAGAUUACUGCAGAAGGGAUAUAUGAUGCUGAAACAGGGAACCUCUGCAUGCUAGGCUGCAGAGAAUUGAGUUCGUUCACUCAGGAAUCAAGAAAUAAGUCCUUUGACUGCGAGAUUCUUGUGAAUUUCGAGUUUCCAUCAAUGAACAGUACCAAAAGAGGAGAAUUUAUCAAGGGAAGCAUCAAAAGCAAGAGAAAGAAAUCCGACCCUCUUUAUUUUGAGGAUUUGAGCAUGUCCUCUUCUGCCUAUUAUGUCACAGAAGCUAAGCAGUCGAUCUGGAGAAUGGACAUAGAGAUUACGAUGGCUUUGAUAUCGAACACUCUUACGUGCAUUUUUGUGGGAUUGCAACUAUUUCAUGUCAAAAGGAAUCCUCAGGUACUCUCUUACAUUUCUCUUGUCAUGGUCUUAAUACUUUCCGUAGGACAUAUGAUUCCACUUGUCCUAAAUUUCGAAGCCCUUUUCUUGGGAAAUCACGAUAAGCAAACGCUGUUGCUUCGUACUGGUGGAUGGCUCGAAGCAAAUGAAGUAACUGUCCGGAUAGUAACUAUGGUAGCAUUUCUAUUGCAAAUCUACCUUCUCCAACUGGUAUGGACAGCAAGAUCGAGUCAUGAAAAUAAAGAGAGUUUGUGGGUCGGGGAGAAAAAGGCCGGUUUAGUGUCAUUGAUAAUAUGCAUUAUAGGCGGCUUGCUUACCUUUCUUCUAAACUGGACGAGGAAGAGCUACGGCUACCAAGCGCCUUUCACUCAAUUCUUGUGGGGUGAUUUAAGGUCUUAUGCUGGUUUUGUUCUCGAUGGUUUUCUUCUCCCUCAAAUCUUAUUCAACGUAUUCUCCAGUUCCAGAGAGAGUUCGUUGUCUAGUCCAUUUUAUGUCGGGACGACACUGUUUCGUGUGCUGCCCCAUGGCUACGAUCUAUAUCGUGGCCAGAGUCGUGUAAGAUAUGUCAAUGGAUCAUCAUACUAUUAUGCAGAUCAUAAUGCAGAUUUUUACUCCACUGCUUGGGAUGUUAUAAUCCCCUGCGGAGGCAUUGUGUUGGCUGUGAUCAUUUUUCUGCAGCAGAGGCUUGGUGGCCAUUCGAUUUCUUCUCAGAGAUUCAGGGAAAUGGAACUGUACAAUAAGGUUCCUGUGGUUGACGAUGAGGCAUAACAAAUGUAGUAGCAGAAAGUCAUCAUCUACAGCUUUGUUAUAUGUUGUUUUAGUACAAUGUUGCACCAUAGUUUUGUACCCCUUUGGUUCUGUUUGGCAAUACUUUGUCAAAGAAAUAAUUGUACUUUUGUUUCCAUUGUCUCAUUCUCUGUUUGUCUUGUUAGUUAAAUUGAGUUUGCCGUCUUAUGUUCGUGAUUUC